AUGGAGGGGGAGCGGGUCGACUCGGCUCUGGACUUGAGCCACCUGACGGAGGAGGAGCAGGCCUCCAUCCUGGAGGUCUUACAGCGAGACCUGGAGCUGCGCCAUCGGGAUGAAGGACGUCCAGGAGUGCAGCAAACGCCACCGCCGGUGGACUUCGGGGUGCGACCUGAUCCGGGCGACCAUCCGCCACCGGAAGACGAGGAGCAGAGGUCAGUGCCCGGCCGGAUCGGCUCCUGCUGCCCCCAGACGGAGAUCUCAGAUCUCAGGGAUGGCUCUCUGGUUGUUGCCAUAGAAACAGAUGUGCCCCUGAAUGAACUUUUCAGCGGAGAGAGAGAGGAAACCUCCUCCAAUGAAGCCCCUGAGACGACAGAGAGGCUGGAGGACAGCGGAGGGAGUGAUGCGGAUUUGAAGUCUGCACCCAAAAUAAAAAGUCCUGUGGUGGAGCUCAGCGGCAGCAUGAUGAGUCUGUUCAGCUCGGGGGAUUUCGGAGUGGUGGAGGUGAGGGGCCGUAUCCAGUACUCAUUGGUUUACGACGCUCCUAAGGAGGAGCUGCGGGUGAACGUGUACCGCUGUGAGGACAUCGCUUCCGCACGGAAAAACCGCUCUGACCCGUAUGUAAAAACCUACCUGCUGCCAGACAAGUCGAAUCACAGUAAGAAGAAAACAUCCGUGAGGAAGAAGACGCUGAACCCCGUCUAUGACCAGACGCUCAGACCCCUGGGCAGGAACGUGUUCCUGGGGGAGGUGGAGGUGGCCCUGGAGCUCUGGGACUGGACCUGCACGCAGCCUCUGUGGCAGGACCUCCAGCCACGGGUUUGUGUGAGUCCAGACUCAAUAAGCAGUCGAGGAAACAUCAUGCUCUCCAUUAAAUUCAUUCCAGAAGGAUUUGAGGGCGGCGGGAUGCCGCUGACAGGAGAGGUUCACAUCUGGCUCCGGGAGGCUCAGGGUCUCCUUUCCAACAAAGGAGGGGCCGUAGACUCCUUUGUGAGAAGCUACAUCCUUCCAGAUGCGAGUCGGCAGAGUGGUCAGAAGACGCGUGUGGUCAAACACUCCAUCAGCCCCACCUACAACCACACGAUGGUCUACGACGGCUUCCACACCAGCGACCUGAAGGAGGCCUGUGCCGAGCUGACCGUGUGGCAGCGGGAGGGCCUGAAGGUGCGCAUCCUGGGAGGGAUUCGCCUGAGCUCUGGAACUGGUCAGAGCUAUGGCGAGGAUGUCAGCUGGAUGGACUCCACGGGGGAGGAAGUGGCCGUGUGGACCUCCAUGAUCCAAAACCCGAACCACUGGAUAGACACUAGACUGCCAAUCAGAACUAACCUGACACAGCGGCCUGUGUGACCUGCCCACAGUUAUCCACAUACGUGUUCCUGUUACGGACCGGAGGGAGGCCCUCCUCACAUCAGUGUAUUUACCCGCUAUGUCAACAUGAUGAACACAUGCAUCAAGCAUUUAUUUAUCUUUUAUCCACACAAAGAGGAACAAAUACUGAUACAUUAUUUCCUCUUUAGGGCAAAUUUGUCAAAUAUCUCAUUUAGAAGUAGGCUAAGUUGUGAGUGAAAUGUUUUAAUUUGUGUUACAUCUAACAAAAGGGCACUUAAAAUCAAUCGCAGUCUAUCAAUUAAAUAUAAAACGGAACAGAUGAGUCUGAUGUGUUCUGUUUUAUCUUUCUUAUCAUUCAUGUAAUUGUAUUUAUUAAAUUAGUAAGUGU